AUGAGUGAUCUUCCUAUCGAAUUUACAGAAUUGGUGGAUCUAACAUCCUUAGGGAUCUCUCCUCAAUCACUCGAUUUCAGAUCUACCACUUUUGAAAGUGAUCAUUACGUUACUGUAAGGGAAUCAAAUGAAGGUUCCAAUACUGUUUCCAUUGUAGAUUUAUUAAAUGGUAAUCAAGUAACAAAGAAAAACAUGGGUGGUGACUCUGCUAUCAUGCAUCCAUCUCAAAUGGUCAUCUCUGUAAGAGCAAAUGGUACCAUUGUACAAAUAUUUAACCUAGAAACAAAAUCAAAAUUAAAGUCUUUCACUUUGAACGAACCUGUAAUAUUUUGGAAAUGGUUGAAUGAAGAAACAUUGGGGUUUGUUACUGCAAAUUCUAUCCUUACUUCGAACGUAUUCGAUGGUAACGUGAGUGCACCUCCUCAAUUAUUAACUCAAAGACAUAUGAAUUUAAACAAUACUCAAAUUAUUAAUUUCGUCGCUAAUGCUAAAUUGGAUUGGUUUGCUGUCGUAGGUAUCUUGCAAGAAAAUGGUCGUAUUGCAGGUAAAAUUCAAUUAUACUCUAAGCAACGUAAUAUUUCUCAAGCAAUUGAUGGUCACGUUGCAAGUUUCACAAACAUCUUAUUAGAAGGUAAUGGAACUUCUUCAGUUCAAGUUUUUGUAACAGGUAAUAGAAAUGUUACUACUGGUACUGGUGAAUUAAGAAUGAUUGAAAUUGAUCAUGAUGCCUCCUUACCAACUCAAUACCAAAAGAAAACUAGUGACAUCUUUUUCCCCCCUGAUGCUACUAAUGAUUUCCCAAUCGCUGUUCAAGUCUCAGAAAAAUACGGCAUUGUUUAUUUAUUGACCAAAUAUGGGUUCAUCCAUCUUUAUGAAUUAGAAACUGGUACUAAUUUGUUCGUUAAUAGAAUUACUGCAGAAUCUGUUUUUACUGCUACUUCAUACCACGAUAAGAAUGGUAUUGCUUGUAUCAAUAAAAAGGGUCAAGUUCUUGCUGUGGAAAUCGCUACUUCCCAAAUUGUUCCAUACAUCUUGAAUAAACUAUCUAAUGUUUCGUUAGCUUUAACUGUAGCAACAAGGGGUGGAUUACCAGGUGCAGAUGAUCUAUUGACCAAACAAUUUGAGACAUUAUUGAACCAAAAUGAUUACCAAACUGCAGCAAAAGUCGCCGCUUCCUCUCAAUCUUUAAGAAAUCAAAAUACUAUCAAUAGAUUGAAAAACAUUCAAGCUGCUCCUGGAACAAUUUCUCCAAUUCUUGUUUAUUUCUCAACUUUAUUAGAUAAGGGUAAAUUGAACAAAGAAGAAACUAUUGAAUUGGCAAGACCUGUUUUACAACAAGAUAGAAAACAAUUAUUCGAAAAAUGGUUGAAGGAAGAUAAAUUAGAAUGUUCCGAAGAAUUGGGUGAUAUUGUUAAACCAUUCGAUACUACUUUAUCCCUAGCAUGUUAUUUAAGAUGUCAAGCUCAUGCUAAAGUUAUUGCAUCUUUAGCUGAAUUACAACAGUUUGAAAAAAUUAUCCCAUAUUGCCAAAAAGUUGACUUCCAACCAAAUUUCUUAGUUUUAAUCUCUACAAUCGUGAGAACUAAUGCUGAUAGGGCAUCUGAAUUUGCCAUCUCCUUAUUGCAAAAUCCAGAAACUGCUUCUCAAUUGGAUAUUGAAAAGAUUGCUGAUAUUUUCUUCUCUCAAAACCAUAUACAACAAGGUACAUCUUUACUUUUAGAUGCUUUGAAAACUGAUACUCCAGACCAAGGCCAUUUGCAAACUCGUGUCUUAGAAGUUAAUUUAUUACAUGCUCCACAAGUUGCAGAUGCUAUCUUAGGUAAUAACAUUUUCUCUCAUUAUGAUAAACCAACUGUGGCCCAGUUAUCUGAAAAGGCUGGUUUAUUCCAAAGAGCUUUAGAAAAUUACACUGAUAUUACGGAUAUUAAGAGAUGUAUUGUUCAUACUGACUCUUUACCAAUUGAUUGGUUAGUCGCAUACUUUGGUAAAUUAAACGUGGAACAAUCAUUAGCUUGUUUAAGGGCUCUAAUGGAUAAUAACUUGAAGGCAAAUAUUCAAAUUAUUGUUCAGGUCGCUACUAAAUUCUCAGACCUAUUGGGCUCUGCCACUUUAAUCAAAUUGUUUGAUGAAUAUAAUGCAACUGAAGGUUUAUACUAUUAUUUGGCUUCAUUAGUUAAUUUGACCGAAGAUAAGGAUGUUGUUUACAAGUAUAUUGAAACUGCUGCCAAGAUGAAACAGUUUAAUGAAAUUGAAAGAAUUGUUAGAGAUAACAGUGUUUAUGAUCCUGAAAGAGUUAAGAAUUUCCUAAAAGAUGCUAAUUUGGAAGAUCAAACCCCAUUAGUUGUUGUUUGUGACCGUUUCAAUUUCGUCCAUGAAUUGAUCUUAUACCUAUACAAGAACCACAAUAUGAAAUUCAUUGAAACUUAUGUUAAACAAAUCAAUCCUUCAAGAACUGCACAAGUUGUUGGUGCUUUAUUAGAUAUGGAUUGCGAUGAAAGAUUUAUCCAAGAUUUAUUACAAUCUGUCCUUGGUCAAGUUCCAAUUGAUGAAUUGACCACUGAAGUUGAAAAGAGAAACAAGUUGAAAUUAUUACUACCAUUCUUGGAAGCAACUUUAGCUCAAGGUAGUCAAGAACAAACUGUAUUCAACGCCUUGGCCAAGAUUUAUAUUGACUCCAAUAAUUCGCCUGAAAAAUUCCUGAAAGAAAAUGAUCAGUAUGAUACGCUAGAUGUCGGUCGUUAUUGUGAAAAGAGGGAUCCAUAUUUAGCUUAUAUCGCUUACGAUAAAGGUCAUAAUGAUGAUGAUUUGAUUAGAAUCACCAACGAAAAUACAAUGUACAAAUACCAAGCAAGAUAUUUGUUACAGCGUUCCGAUCCUGAAUUAUGGAAUAAAGUUCUUGAUGCUGAAAAUGUUCAUAGACGUCAAUUAAUCGAUUCUGUAAUCUCAGUUGGUAUUCCAGAAUUAACCGAUCCAGAACCAGUUUCAUUAACUGUUCAAGCUUUCAUGAGCAAUGGUUUGAAGUUGGAAUUAAUUGAGUUAUUGGAAAAGAUCAUCCUAGAACCUUCUCCAUUUAAUGAUAAUGUUGCCUUGCAAGGACUUUUGCUUCUUUCUGCAAUUAAAUAUGAACCUGGUAAAGUGUCUAAUUAUAUUGAAAGAUUGGAAAACUAUGACGCUGACGAAAUUGCUCCGUUAUGUAUUGCGAAUGACUUGAAAGAAGAAGCUUUCGAAAUUUAUGAUAAACAUGAAAUGUAUAGUAAGGCGUUAAAGGUUCUCGUUGAGGAUAUCAUGUCGUUAGAUAGAGCAGCAACAUACGUUGACAAAAUUAAUACACCAGAAAUGUGGUCUCAAUUAGGUGCUGCACAAUUGGACGGUUUGAGAAUUCCAGAUGCCAUUGAAUCUUAUAUUAAGGCAGAAGAUCCAUCUAAUUUUGUCAAUGUUAUUGACCUUGCUGAACAAGCUGAGAAAUAUGAAGAAUUGGUUCCAUAUUUAUUGAUGGCUAGAAAGACGUUGAAAGAAAGUAAGAUUGAUGGUUCUUUAGUUCUCGCUUAUGCUCAAUUAGAUAAACUUCAUGAAAUUGAGAACAUAUUAGCUGGUUCCAACGUUGCAAACCUGGACCAAGUUGGUGAUAAAUUAUUUGAUUUGAAAGAUUACAAAGCGGCCAAGUUAUGUUAUUCGAGUGUAUCCAAUUACUCUAAAUUGGCUUCGACUUUAGUUUAUUUAGAUGAUUAUCAAGGUGCUGUCGAUACUGCUAGAAGGGCUUCUAACAUUAAGGUUUGGAAAUUAGUCAAUAAUGCUUGUAUUGAAAAGAAGGAAUUUAGAUUAGCUCAAAUUUGUGGUUUAAACUUGAUUAUUCAUGCUGAGGAAUUAGAUGAACUUGUUGAUCAAUACGAAGCUAGUGGCUACUUUGAAGAAUUGAUAUCUUUAUUCGAAGCAGGUAUGGGUUUAGAAAGGGCUCAUAUGGGUAUGUUUACCGAAUUGGCAAUCUUAUACUCCAAGUAUCAACCCUCCAAGACAUUUGAUCACUUGAAGCUGUUCUGGUCUAGAAUUAACAUUCCAAAAGUUAUUAGGGCAGUAGACGAUGCUCAUUUAUGGAAAGAACUGGUGUUUUUGUACGCCCAUUAUGACGAAUGGGAUAAUUCUGCUUUGACCAUGAUUGAAAAGUCCACGAAGGAUUUCGAUCACGGUUACUUUAAGGAAGUAAUUGUUAAAGUCUCGAACUUAGAAAUAUAUUACAAAGCAAUUAACUUUUAUGUUAAAGAGCACCCAUCCUUGUUGAUUGACUUGUUAACCGUACUAACACCAAGAUUAGAUAUUCCGAGAACUGUUAAACAAUUCGUUACGUCUGAUAACUUACCUCUUAUCAAACCAUUUUUGAUUAAUGUGUUACCAAAAAAUAAUACAGUAGUCAAUGCAGCCUAUCAUGAUUUAGUCAUUGAAGAAGAGGAUUAUAAAGCUCUACAAGACGCCGUUGAUGCAUACGAUAAGUUCGAUCAAAUAGGAUUGGCUGCACGUUUGGAAUCACAUGAUUUAGUCUUCUUUAAGAAAAUUGCAGCUUUAUUAUACCGUAGAAACAAGAAAUGGGCGAAAUGUCUUGCUAUUUUGAAAAAUGAAAAACUAUGGAAAGAUGCUAUUGAAACAGCUGCUAUUUCUCAAGAUGCAAAGGUAGUUGAAGAACUAUUGACGUACUUCGUUGACACCGGUAACAAAGAAGCGUUUGUUGCUUUGUUGUAUACUGCUUAUAAUCUUGUCAAGUAUGACACUGUUCUUGAGUUGUCGUGGUUGAAUUCAUUAGACAAUUAUAUCAAGCCAUUUGAGAUUUCUGUGAAAAAGGAAGAAAACGAUGCUAUUCAAAGACUCUCUACAAUGAUUGACAAGAUGGAUACUACUGAACCAUCCACUGAAGGCCAACCAUUGAUGUUAAUGAACAGUUCUAUGAACAUGUAA